AUGCGUGAAGUGAUCUCAGUCCACGUCGGUCAGGCUGGUGUCCAGAUCGGUAACGCCUGCUGGGAGUUGUACACCGUUGAGCAUGGCCUCAGCCCUGACGGGCGCCUCGUCGAGGGUUCACCUUCCGCUCACGACGACAGCUUCAGUACUUUCUUCUCGGAGACCGCUUCUGGGAAGCACGUGCCGCGUUCGCUCUAUGUUGAUCUUGAGCCCAAUGUCAUCGACGAGGUCCGGAGUGGCACGUACAGGAGUCUCUUCCAUCCGGAGACUCUGGUGACCGGCAAGGAAGAUGCUGCUAGCAACUAUGCUCGUGGUCAUUACACCAUCGGCAAGGAACACAUCGACACCGUGAUGGACAAGAUCCGCCGGCUGGCCGACAACUGUAAUGGCCUUCAGGGCUUCUUUGUCUUCCAUUCCUUCGGUGGUGGAACUGGAUCUGGUCUCGGUGCUCUUGUGUUGGAGCGUCUCUCGACCGAUUAUGGCAAGAAGUCGAAGUUGGAGUUCAGCGUAUAUCCUGCGCCGACCAUGGCCAAUUCCGUCGUUGAGCCUUACAACUCUGUCUUGACCACCCACACGACUCUUGAGCACUCUGACUGUUCAUUCAUGGUUGAUAACGAAGCUAUCUAUGACAUUUGCAAGACCAGGUUGAACAUCACGUCACCCAGCUUCUGGAACUUGAACAGGUUGAUCGCCCAGGUUGUUUCUUCUAUCACCGCUUCCCUCCGCUUCGAUGGGUCCUUGAACGUCGACUUGAACGAGUUCCAGACGAACUUAGUCCCCUUCCCUCGCAUUCACUUCCCAUUGGCGACUUUCGCGCCCAUCAUCUCUGCGGAGAAGGCUCACCACGAGCAGAACUCGGUCGCUGACAUGACCUUCUCUUGCUUUGAGCCCGGCAACCAAAUGGUCAAGUGCGAUCCGAGGGAGGGCAAGUACAUGGCUUGCGCCCUCCUGUACCGCGGUGAUGUCGUCCCCAAGGACACUAACGCCGCAGUGAGCAUCAUCAAGACGAAGCGGACUAUCCAGUUUGUCGACUGGUGUCCGACUGGCUUCAAGCUUGGUAUUUGCAACGAGCCUCCGGCGCAUAUACCUGGCGGCGACCUGGCGAAGGUCACUCGCAGCUUGUGCAUGCUGUCGAAUACCACUGCGAUCUCAACUGCGUGGAGCCGUCUGGACCACAAGUUUGAUCUUCUGUACUCGAAGCGAGCAUUCGUCCAUUGGUAUGUCGGUGAGGGUAUGGAGGAGGGUGAGUUCUCGGAGGCGCGUGAGGAUCUUGCCGCGCUGGAAAAGGAUUAUGAGGAAGUCGGCAUCGACACUGCUGACGUAGAGGAGGUCGGCGAGUACUAA